GACACACGUACUUCUCUUCUGCUUCUUCUGCCACCCAUCCUUUCCUCUUCAACUCCCCCCCUCCUCCUUCCUUCCUUCCAUUCCCUCCAUUGUUCCUUCCCUUCUUACCACCUUCCUUGCCACUCGCUCUCUUUUUCACUCGUAGCCUCAGUUCCUUCGUCGCUUGGACCUGCUGCUCCUUCUUCGUCUUCUUCCUCUUCACUCUCAUUUCGCCUUUGUUCUUGGUCUCCAUACCACUUCGCUCUCGCUUUUCUGUUCUUUCCUGACAUAUAUAUAUAUACCUUCACACAAUGGAAGAAACCGAGUCCAGUGUCCCUCAGCAGGCCAUUCUCCUCACCAUCCGUCCAUCCUCGGGCUCAACCUUCACCACUGCCAUCUCAACCGACUCAACCGUCCUCCAGCUCAAGGAGAAACUCGCCACCACAGACCUGCCCGCUGCCUCCAUCCGACUUGUCUACUCCGGCAGAGUCCUCAAGGAUGAGGAUCAGCUUUCUGUCUAUUCCAUAAAGGAAGGUCACACCAUCCACAUGGUCAAGAGUGCAACAAACCGAGCCAACGAGCAAGCCGUCCAGACUGUUAGACCCAACAGCAGCAACAAUGCACCAGGACCAGAAGGAUUCGAUGAACACGGCUUCAUGUCGACUCUUCUUGAGAACCCGGCUAUCAGAGACAUGAUGGCGAAUCCAGAAGUUGUCCGGAGGAUGAUGAUGGCGAACCCACAGACACGUGAGGUCAUGGAAAACAAUCCUGAGGUUGCCCAGAUGCUCAAUGAUCCUUCUUUCCUUCGCCAGUCGUUGGACAUGGCCAGAAAUCCAAAGUUGAUGAAGCAGGCAUUGAGGAACAACGAUCGGGCGCUUUCGAACUUGGAGAUGAUCCCCGGAGGGUUUAACCAUCUACGUCGGAUGUAUCACAGUGUCCAGGAGCCCAUGGAGGCCUCGAGAAGUGCGCCCGAGCCCUCAACGGAUGACUUGAAUGAACGGUUUGCAGCCCGACUUAACGCAGACACCCGUCCACAUGCUGGAGAACUCAAUACCACGGCCCUCCCUAAUCCAUGGGCACCGCAGAGACCUCAGAGCAAUGCCUCCCGAUCUCCAUCAAUGCUCAUGGGAAUGCCUGGCAUGGGAGGAAAUUCCCCAGGCGGGAUAGGUGGAUUCAGUCCUUUUGCCAAUCCGUUUGCAGGACUGGAGGGACCCGGUGCUGGAGCAACAGGACAGUCUGGCAGCAACGCCAACCCUUUUGGGGCGAUGAUGGGUCAAAGGACGGGUGGGGGGUUCGGGAGCGGGUCCCAAGCGAACCCGUUUGGGUUCCCGGGCAUGGGCGAAGGUUUCUCACCGAUGGGCAAUAACCCGGAGACGUUCCAACAGAUGAUGCAAUUCAACCAGAUGAUGAGGCAGAUGCAACAGCAGCAACAGCAGCAGCAACAAGAUUCGGCGCAAUCUCCUAUGCCUGGCUUCCCAUCCUACCAUUCAAUGUUCCGCGGAGCACCUUCAAUUGUCCAUCCAACCCAUACCACCAGCACCCCAUCUACUAAUACUACCACUAAUUCGACAACCAACGCCGCUACCACCACCACCAAUACGACGACCAAUGCCAUUGCACCGGCUUCGAUAGCUGCACCAACGACAACGGUGGCAUCGAUCCAACCGCCAGAAGAGCGGUUCGAGACGCAGCUGGCAUCACUGCGUGACAUGGGCUUCUCAGAUAACAACAGGAAUGUGCGAGCACUGCUUGCCUCAGGAGGAGACGUUAAUUCAGCCAUAGAGUUCUUAUUGAGAAUGUAACAUAUCCACCACCAGGGCAAUGAAAACAACAUGAAAACAACUAACAACAAGCGAAACAGCAACAGCAACAGUAACAGAAAAACAAAGGACCACCCCGAAUUUUGUGAAAAAGAAUCAUUAUGUCCCCAGGAAACUCCA